AUGUCGAGAAGGUUACUCUGCUUUAUACAUACUUCGAGGAUAUUGCUGCAUGAUGCGGGAGUGAAAUUAACCUUUUUCUCAAAGCCUAAUUGUGGGUUAUGCGAUCAAGCGAAGGAAGUGAUAGACGAUGUGUUUGAAAGAAAGGAAUUUCAUAAUAAGGGAGUUUCACUAGAUAUAGUCAACAUAACUGACCGAAGAAACGCAAAAUGGUGGAAGGAAUACUGCUUUGACAUACCAGUGCUUCAUAUUGAAAAAGUUGGUGAUCCUGAAUCAUGCACCAAGAUCUUGCACUUUCUUGAAGAGGACGAUAUUAGUGAAAAAAUAAGGAGAAUGCAAUCCAGAUGA